AUGUCUGAUCCAUCCACCUCCAAGGCAAUCGGUAGUCUUGCGAAGAGACAGCCAGAUGUAACGCGCCAAGGGACCCAAAAGCUCAAAUUCGUCCCAACGCUUCCUCAGAGACGGAAGAAAGAUGAAGUCAAGCCAGAACCUGCCCCCGCGGUUAUCCCUUCCCCCUCCCAGGCAGAUCGUGGGCACGCUCGGGGGCGAGGCAAUGGAGAUGCACGAGGGCGCGGUCGCGGUCGUGGCGCCCCACCUAUCGUAGAAAUGACUGCCAGCGGUCCUUUCGCUAUGGGUCCUACCCAGGCUAGCAGCAGUGCUCGAAGAUCCGCUCUGCCUUCCAACAUCGUGUCGAGCACAUCUGCUGAUGCGUCCACAUCGAACAUUGGCGUAAAUCUUUCUCAAAUGGCCCCUCCGUCCCUCAAGAGAGAGGCCGGAAAAGCCAAAUCCGCCGUCAAGGUGGAAGAUGAAGAGGUCUACUCGGAUCCCGAUGAGGGAGUCGAGAUUAUAGAUAUGGAAAAUGUGCGGCAGAUGGACUGGAUGGCUCCCGAAAGUCUACGAAAGGAACGACAAACUACGAAGAAGGGCAAGAAAGAAGAAGGUCCAGACGAGGCUGGAGACACUACGAACUUUCUUGAUGCGCUGGACCUCAGCGAAAGCGAUGACGAAGAGGAACUCGAAGACAUCAUUGAAGAUUUCGCAACUCAGGCCGACAUGGUCACGGACGAGUCAAUGCGAGAAGACCGUCUAUAUUUAUUCCAGUUUCCUAUUCCUUUCCCCACAUUUCGAUCAAAAAAGGCCUCUGCAAUGAAUGUUGAACCACCACCCGAUCCCACAACGAAGAAGGUUUCUUUUGCGCCUGAUGUCAAACCGGAUAUGGAUGGUAUAUCCUCGAGAACAGCAUCCUCAGCGCCGUCAGAGGUUAAGAAAUCUGAUCCUAUUGACGGACUUGUUGGACAACUUGAAGUCUAUCGAAGCGGUGCCGUCAAGAUCCGGUUUGCAAAUGGUGUCCUCCUUGAUGUCAACGCAGCCACUCAACCAUCGUUCCUCCAACAAGCUGUGUACCUUGACACUGUUCAAAAGCAACUUGUGGUGCUAGGAGAGGUCAACAAGCAAUUCAUUGUUUCUCCAAACGUAGACGCGCUGUUGGAAGCACUAGAGAGCGAAGAGACUACAGCUCUUUCGAUCGAAGGAGAGGAAAGCUUGCUGACAAUGGAUCAGUCGUAA